CUUGCAAAUUAUUCAUUUCAUUUUUCGUGUUUCUUCGUUUUCGUUUCUAGCGUUGACUGGUUUACGUGCUUGUUUCGUCGGCAUAUUUGGUGUUUCACGUAAAUAUAAGAAACUUACAACCGAUUUCUUGAACGCUUUCAAAUAUAAUAUAUCACCCGCAGUUGCGUAUGCGCAUGUCAGUAAACAGUCCGCCGAUGUGAUUUUCUAAUUGUACCACCAAUUGCAAUUUAACCGGAUUCCGUAUUUGUAUUCUAUUGCCUUUGAAUUGGAGCGGUAUAAAUAUAUUCAAGAGUAGCCAUGGAACUCGUAGCGCUGGUGAAAGAGGGCUUCCAAAAUGUCGCGGAGCAUGCAGCCAGUUACAAGUUCGGACAAACGGUGCUCCGACAUGUGGACAAGGCGCUUUGGGUCCUGGAGAAAUGCGCACGGUGGGCCGUGCCCCCGCCAUUGGACCCAGAAGAAAGGCCUCAACCAGAGCUCGUCCGCCCCCUGCCGUGGGUGUUCUUUUUAAUGAUGCUGGUAGCCCUAAGGAUUACGCGCGAGUCUAUAUCGCUCGUAAACUUAGUGCUGGGCAAGCCACCGCUUCGAUCUGCCGAUGUUGUGACAUACAUACAAGGCAAACGCCGCUAUCUGCGCACCUUGAAGUACCAGGGCAACAGGAUGAUGAGGGCCCGUACGGGCACGUCCCAUGAGUCCUGGUACAGCGGGCUGAGGACGCUCUUCGAGUUCACCAUGUGCUUUAGAAGACAAUCAGUGCAUUAUGGCAACAACAAUACUACUAGAGUCAGCAACAAUGAUGAAGUCUUGGUAGUGAAACGUAGCAAGCGCCCCCGUCAGGAGGAAAGCCCCGCCUCCACCAGCGAGGCGACCAUGGAGCGGCUGAUAGAGAAGAUGAUGGUCGACUUGGACGCUGACUCAGAUGAAGACUCCAGCUAUACGCUCACAAACGCCACAAGCCUGAAAAGCGAUAGGUCCGAAACCGCCGAAUCUGACCAAGAACCGACUCCGAGCGAGGAAUCCGCCCCGACUAAAUCGGAAAACGCAACGCCUGCCACACCCGACACCCAACACAACCCAACACCCGAGCCGAACGAUUCAGAAAAACCGGCCGACCAUCCGACCGAGACUGACCAUUCAAAAGAGACCGACCAAUCCCAAGCCGAGGAAGCCACGGAAGAAUUCAAGCCAGCCCAAAACUGCGAAGACAAACAUCUGAACGCAGAACAACCCUCCCCUUUGGUCGACUCGCAAACAUUCAUCCAAACCGAGAAGAAACGAUACCAGAGGUCGCCGAGAAAGGAAAAAAUGGGUAACAGAUUCUUAGCUUUCUUUCUUCCCAAAGACUCGCCUUUUAAGAAACGUCCAAAAGGACUAAAACAGUAA